CUUCCCAAAGCGAGGAUCCCUUUGUUGUCUCCCACACCUCCACUUUGAAAGAGGACCAGUGCUUGGCGAGACCUGGAAGGCGUCACGUGACUUUCACUUGUGCUAAGAUAACCACGCAACGAGAGAGAGAAAAAUAGAGACAUAGAGAAAGAGAGACAGAGAGAGAGCGAGAAAGAGCGUGAGGAGGAGCCUGCUGCUAUAAGAUGCACUCCGCGCACCAUCAGCACCAAAACUUCCACUUCGCACCAUCCAUCCUCAUCUCUGGCGCGCGCGCACACCGCAUCCUGGCUGCUUCCGUUUGAUCCCCUCACUCUUCCUCCUCCCCCGGCUUUGGAGGGUUGCACAGGUGCAUCCCUGGGUUACUGCUCGCUCCCGGCUGACUUGAUUAUGGUCACAGCCCCCGCGGUGCCAAGGUGGAGCCGCAGCGCGUAUCUCGGAUCGGUGCGCUUCUCCAGGGGCUGGGAUGCGCACCGGGCACCUCCCGCUUCUUACCGAGUUUUGGGUCUGAGGAGGAGUCCAGCGGCGCCCCGGGGCGCAGAGGCAGGAGGAGCCAGUCGACCCGGAGCAGGAUGCCGGUGAUGAGAGGGCUGCUGGCCCCGCAGAACACCUUCCUGGACACGAUAGCCACCCGCUUCGAUGGCACCCACAGUAACUUUGUCCUGGGGAACGCCCAGGUCCAGUCCCUGUACCCCAUCGUCUACUGCUCCGACGGCUUCUGCGAGCUCACCGGUUACGCCCGCGCCGAGCUCAUGCAGAAGAGCUGCGCCUGUCACUUCCUGUACGGCCCGGAAACCAACGACCGCUCCACGGCCCAGAUCCAAGGCGCGCUGGACGACAGGGGGGAGUUCAAAACGGAGCUGGUGUUCUACAAGAAGGAAGGUACAAAGUUCUGGUGUCUGCUGGACAUCGUGCCCAUUAAGAACGAGAAAGGAGAGGUGGUUCUGUUCCUUGUGUCCCACAAAGACAUAACCGAGAAGAAGAUGGAGCAGGAUCCUGAGCAGGGGCCUGAAACCGAUGAAGAGACGGGCCUGCAGGUGCAUCAGGUAACUCGCCCUUCAGGCUUCAACACCAACCGCCGCCGCAGCAGAGCCGUGCUCUAUCAGCUGUCAGGACACCUGCAGAAACAAGACAAGAGCAAGCUCAAGAUCAACAAAAACAUGUUUGGGCAGAAACCUCCGAUCCCAGAGUACAAAGUAGCAGCCAUCCAGAAGUCCCGCUUCAUCCUGCUCCACUAUGGCACCUUCAAGGCCGGCUGGGACUGGUUGAUUCUGCUGGCAACCUUCUACGUGGCCGUCACCGUUCCCUACAACGUCUGCUUCAGUGGAGGGCGGGACGAAGACGGCGCCUCGAGAAGUCCACCCAGUGUCAGUGACAUCCUGGUGGAGAUCCUUUUCAUUUUAGACAUCGUGUUGAACUUUCGUACGACCUUUGUGAGCAAGUCGGGUCAGGUGGUCUACGACGCCCGCUCCAUCUGUCUCCACUACGUCACCACCUGGCUCUUUGUCGACCUUGUUGCUGCCCUGCCCUUUGACCUGCUUUACGCUUUCAACGUCACUGUGAACUUCAGGGUCCACCUGCUGAAGACCGUCCGGCUGCUGCGGCUGCUGCGGCUCCUGCAGAAGCUGGAGCGCUACUCACAGUACAGCGCUGUGGUUCUGACUCUGCUCAUGUCCAUGUUUGCCUUGCUGGCCCACUGGAUGGCCUGUGUCUGGUACUACAUCGGUCGCAAGGAGAUCGAAGGCUUGGGCUCCUUGGACAUCGGUUGGCUCUAUGAAUUGGCAAAGCGCCUGGGGACCCCAUACUUCAUGACUCCUUUGACCACACAGACCCCACCUGCAGUGAGCAGCCUCUCAGCCAACAGCACCCAGUGGAUCACCUCGGGGUCAGAGGUCUCUGGGCAGGGCACCUGGAACUCGAGCCAAAACUAUGGGAACAUUUCAGGAUCGGGGGGCCUAAAGAUACUGAGCGGGGGCCCGUCGACCCGGAGCAGCUACGUGACGGCCCUGUACUUCGCUCUGAGCAGCCUGACCAGCGUGGGCUUCGGGAACGUGUCUGCCAACACGGACUCAGAGAAGAUCUUCUCUAUCUGCACCAUGCUUAUAGGAGCACUGAUGCAUGCUGUGGUGUUUGGUAAUGUGACCGCCAUCAUCCAGAGGAUGUACUCCCGCCGCUCACUGUACCACACCCGCACCAAGGACCUUAAGGACUUCAUCAGGGUACACCGGCUGCCCAAAACCUUGGAGCAACGCAUGCUGGAGUGUUUCCAGACCACCUGGUCGGUUAACAACGGGAUAGACGUCAAUGAGCUGCUGAAGGACUUCCCGGACGAGCUGCGGGCCGAUAUCGCCAUGCACCUGAACAAGGAGCUGCUGCAGCUCCCACUGUUCGAGUCGGCCAGCAGGGGAUGCCUGCGCUCCCUCUCCCUCAUCAUCAAGACCUCCUUCUGCGCCCCAGGGGAGUUCCUCAUCCGGCAGGGCGACGCCCUGCAGGCCAUCUACUUCGUCUGCUCAGGGUCCAUGGAGGUGCUGAAGGACAACACUGUGCUGGCGAUACUGGGCAAAGGGGAUCUGAUUGGUUCGGAUUCUCUGACGAAGGAGCAGGUGAUCAAGACCAACGCCAACGUCAAAGCGCUGACCUACUGCGACCUGCAGUACAUCAGCCUGAAGGGUCUGUGCGAGGUGCUCCGCCUCUACCCGGAGUACGCGCAGAAGUUCAUCAGCGAGAUCCAGCAUGACCUCACCUACAACCUGCGGGAGGGCCACGGCACAGACGACUGGGAGAGCAACGGCGGCCUGGUGAAAAAGCUGCCGUCCAUCCGUGAGGAUGAGGAGGGCGACGAGGAGCAGAGCUCCGUGUCCCGGGCUCCCCGCUCGCCACUGCAUCUCAGCAGGGGCCUCAGCUCCCCGCUGCGCUCCCCCCUCCUGGCUCCGCGGCCCUUUAGGGCCCCGACCGAGCACUUACGGCCCUCCACCCUGCAGAUACCAGUGGUUAGCUUCAGCAGCGCUCCACCCGAGCUCAGCCCCAGAUUUGUGGACGGCAUCGAAACGGAGAGCAUUUCCACCUCCUCACAGAAGUUUGAGUUCAGUCCCAGUCUGUCACCUGCAGCUCCACCUUCCCCAUGCACAGGGAUGCGUGACUCUGAGAUCAAGCAGAGCGUGACGAAGCUUACAGAGGAGAUGAACUCUCUGUCCAAACAAGUGUCCAACCUCAGCCAGGAGCUGCGGGAAAUGGCUUGCCUGCUGAAGCCCCUCCUCCAGGCGGCCCCACAGCCAAUCCUGAUGAGCGCAGUGCCAAACCUGGCCCCGCCUCAGGGCAGUGCCAACCAGCUGCUGUCCAGCCCCUGGUUCCCAGCAGCGCCCACAGCGCCGUGUUCCCCCUCGAGAGAGGACGCCGGCUCCCUGUUGGACAGUGGAGACCCGGAGGGCGAGGGUUUGCCGCGAUGCCUUCUCCCAACUCAUCACUCACCAAAAAGGCCUGAUUCUUCACAAUCAGCAUCAGCACAGCCCCCAGCCAGCCCCGUGGCACCUGACUCAAGCUUCCCCUCAUCGAAGGAAGAAGCUCCAAAGGGGUCCCCAGUGUCCCGAAGCCCCCAGGCGUCCCCCAGUAAUGGGAUCCUCCUGCCGUCCUUGGAGGACCAGCCUGCUCUGCGCUCCAACACCUCUUCGUCAUCUCUGUCCUUCUCCGUCUCCCUCUCCUCCUCACGGUCUCUUUUUUCUUGCCCGUCACGGCCCACCGCUCCCUCUCAAGGACGCCCCCCCCCCUCUCAGGACACGCCCCCUCCCCUGUCGACCCACCGCUCAGCUCCCUCAUCCGUCUCCUCAUCUCCCGGGGGUCACCGGCUGACGGCUUCCCAGUCCAUCCCCAUCACGUCCACCUCAGCGCCCAACUUUCCCUCCACCCUGUCCCUGCCCGUGUCUCUGGACGUUGGGAGCUCAGCAAAGCGAGACGCUCAUUCUCCGGCGAGGUACAACCUGCAGAGACGCCACGAGGAGGCCAGGGCCCCUGCCAGUCCGCAGGAGGUGGAGAUGCAGGAGUGGAGGCGGCAGGGAGAAGGGAGCAAAACCUCCACGGAGGAUUUCAGCUUCAUCGAUGAGGACGAUCCUGGGCUAUAGGCAGGUUUUUGCUGCGUGAAGCAGCCAUGAAGAAAGCAAUGGGUGCAGCAGCAAGCUGGUCUGUCUCAGGCAAGAAGCCCGGGGUGCUUGGGAGGCUUCCUGUCUACACUAACAGUCUUCUGUUAGCAUAUCACACACCGGAUCACCCACCGAUUAUUAGCAACAUGAAUCCUGCAGAACUGCGGCGUGAGUCGAUGCCUUCAGCUCCCGACACACAGAACCAGACAGCAUUUCUCUGUCUCUCUCUCCCAUCUGGUAUCGGUUGCAUUUUUUAAAUACCAAGAUGUCUCCCCCUGUAGAGGCAGGGACAAACACACACAUCCCCCAACCGGUGGGUCCGAGUCAGUGCAGCAGGGCCUGGAAUGUAAAGUCGCUCAUUCUCACUCCAGAUUUUAUUUUCUAAAGGAAAACACACACACAAACGCACGCACACACACACACACACACACACACACACACACGCACAUGCACACACCACUCAUUUCCCUACAGCAGCAACACCUGGUUCUCUCAUGGUGUAAUUUCUGUACCUUUGGGCUCAAUGCCAAAGAGGAAAAGAAAUCCAUAGUUUAGAUCUAAAACGCUCCAUAACAACAAGCGAGACUCAGAAACUUUAUUUCAUAAAUUGAUAAAUGUUUCUGUGCUUCUAUGAUGACUGGUAUACAGCAAAAGAAAAUUCCCAAUCAAACUGAAAUAGAAAAUGGUUUUAAUGCAGAGAUGUCAUUCAGCUCACAUGCACUCCAUACUUUAGUAUGUAAUACUGCACCAGUUCAUUGUAGGAUGGAGGUAGAACUGAGCAACAGAUAAAUAAUAUAUAUAAUAAUAGACACACGAUCAAUAUCAAUAGAUAAGACAUCUGAUAGAAUGUUCAACAAUUAAAUGUUUCCAGAACCAAACAGCAUUCUGGGAGAUGUAGGCAGAGGAAAGGCUUUAGCUGCUCAACCUCUCAUGGCUCAUUAUGUUAGCAUGGUGGCAUCAACUAGCUCACUUAACGGCUACCUAGCAACAACAUCUUCAGCAGCUUGCGCAGCAGCAGUUUCAGGUUUUGCCACUCUGCUUAAACCUGCUAAAAAUAAAAAAAUAAAAAAACGAUGGCGUGAAGUGAAAGGAGAAAAUGAAAAUGAGUACAAUAGGUGCUGUAUGUAACCUUUAUUAAAAAAUAUAAAGGUUUAUAUAUAUUUACAAAAAAAAUCUUUACAUUCUUUUUGUAUAUUUGUUAAAACUGUCACCAUAUCAUGGCAUUAUGUUAUGAGAAAGGUAAUCUGUGAAAAGAUCAAUCUCCUCUGAGCUAUUAUUGCCGUCUGAAAAAACAACUAAUCAGAGCCCGGAGGCGGGUCUUAGAGCUGUCAAUCAAACUCAUGUACUCACUGCUCAAUGUGCUAAUGGCGGUGAAACAACUUACUAUUACAAUUAAUAGAAAGGAAGGAGGAGAAGCACCUCAUGGAGGGGUGAUUUACAGCGCUAAGUCCCGCCUCCUGGCUGUGAUUGGUUAGUUCUGGUUAGUACUGAGAGGAGUUACAGUUUUUCUUCACAGAUUAUCUGUCUGUACUCUGACAGUUUAAACGAAUAUGUGAAAAUAUAUUUCUUCUAAACGUUCCAUACUGCAGCUUUAAAACAGGAAUUGUCACCAUUCAUCCAAAAAUCCCUUUUCUUAUGUCUCUAUACUUAAAUCUGGGGUGGGUUUUUUUUUUAGCUGUAGGCUACAAUUAUCAAAAUGAACUCAAAACGUCACCAUGAAUAGUUUCUGUUCUUGAAAUAAAUUGAAGAAACAAACCAAACCGUUUAAUGGCAUUUUCAUGUAUUGAGCUGCAGCUGUCGUUUUCAAGCCACACAUAUUCAGAUUGUACGUCUCACAUUUCCCCCUGAGCUUUAGCCAUCCAGCCAUUCGUGCCUUCUCCAUGUGAAGACCCCUCACCUGCCCACAGGUCCCUUCAGUCAGUCCAACUUUACCCAGAAGAAGCCAUCAAUCCACCUGCUGAGAACACUCUGACCUUCCUCUGAAACCUUUUCGCUCUGUUUAGGCUCUGGGUUUGACCUGUGCAGAGGAAACGCGGUGGGUUGGUAUCGCACGUCAUGUGGAACCCUUCACAGUUCUUAUGUAGCACACACACAUCGCCUCCAACCACCGGGGGCUACGAGACUUCAGCCAGAGCCACUGCGCUGCAGAAGCCUCAGGACCUCGGUCUGUUUUGUUGGCUGUAACGUAGACCGUGAGCUUUCUGGUCCCCACUUUGUUCCAGAAACAGCAGAGGAUGCUUUCCUGGACUUUCUACACACUGGAAAACAAAACUCCUAUGAAUGUGUGGAGUUGUGAUCCUGGGUGCCAUGUGGGUGGCAGGGUGAGGUAGGGGGGUUGGUGGCACU